CUGGCGGCAACAGCUGUUUUCUGCCGGUUGUUUUAUAACAAUUUCCUUUAAACUUCGUUGCUUUGUUUUUCUAGUUUUUGGUAAUUAAAAUGUCUCUUUUAAUGCAAAGAGUGGCGAUAUUAACCCGGCAGAUAGCCCGUCCAUUGGCCGCCACCCGACAUUUUGCGUCGGAGGCACCUGUUGGAAAUGGAGAUGAAGUUCUGGUGGAACGAUUGGAGGGAGCUCGCAAAGGAAUCUCGGUCAUUGGCCUCAACAGGCCAGCAGCGAAGAAUUCCUUCAGUCGGGGCAUGGUAGAAACCUUCACCGAGGUUCUGGACGAGAUCAAGAAGGACAACGGCUCGAGAGUCGUCGUGCUGAGAAGUCUUACACCAGGAAUAUUUUGUGCCGGAGCUGAUUUGAAGGAGCGCAAAGGCAUGACUCCCGAGGAGGCCACCGAAUUCGUAAAGGAGCUCCGCAGCCUGCUGAUCAGCAUUGAACAACUGCCCAUGCCCGUUAUUGCCGCCCUGGACGGCGCUGCUCUGGGCGGUGGCUUGGAAAUGGCUCUGGCCUGCGACAUCCGGACCGCCGCUUCUAACACGAAAAUGGGUCUCGUCGAGACCCGACUGGCCAUCAUCCCAGGCGCUGGUGGCACCCAGCGGCUACCUCGGAUUCUGUCGCCCGCCCUGGCCAAGGAAUUGAUCUUUACAGCUCGCGUUUUCGAUGGAACGGAGGCCAAGGACCUGGGUCUGGUCAACCAUGUUGUACAGCAAAACGAGACAAAAGAUGCGGCCUACCAGCAGGCCCUCAAGUUGGCCGAGGAGAUUCUGCCCAAUGGACCGGUAGGUGUUCGGAUGGCUAAGUUGGCCAUUGACAAGGGUAUGCAGGUGGAUCUGGCUACGGGCUACUCCAUCGAAGAGAUCUGCUACUCCCAAGUGAUACCCACCAAGGACCGGCUAGAGGGACUGGCCGCCUUUGCGGAGAAGCGCAAACCCGUCUACCAGGGCGAGUAAAUGGAGUGAUAGGGAGAACGCUUUUAACUUUAAGCUGAAAAGUGCAUUUAUUAUUUUAUCCACUACUCUUUGUAGAACCCAAAAAGCCCAAGGCAAGCUCUGUUCUAUUGUUUUCCCGAUAAAUAAAGCACUCGAUUGUAUCGAACUGCCAAAUAACUUGAAUUACGCUAA